AUGGCGAGCAAAAAAAUAGCUGUGUGUCAAAUGACUUCGAUAGCUGAUAAAUCGGCUAAUUUAAAUGUUGUUAGUCAAUUAAUACGCGAUGCAGCAAAAGAUGGUGUCAAGAUGUUAUUUUUCCCUGAAUGCUGUGAUUAUAUCUGUGAAAACAAACAGGAAACAAUAAAAUUAUCUGAAAAUCUUUUGACGGGUGAAACUGUUAAGAAAUAUAGAGAAUUGGCUGCUACACACAAUGUAUGGUUGUCGAUGGGUGGAUUACAUGAAAAGGAUGAAGCAAGUGUAGAUAAGAUAUUCAAUACACACAUAAUAAUAAAUGAUAAAGGCGAGAUAGUACAAACAUAUAGAAAGUUACAUUUGUUCGAUGUUGAUAUACCGGAGAGGAAAAUACGUUUGAAGGAAAGUGACUUCUGUAGACCGGGGGCACAUAUUGUAGCUCCUAUUGACACACCGAUUGGCAAGCUUGGCCUCUCAAUAUGUUACGAUCUUCGGUUUCCCGAGCUCAGUACAUCUUUAAGCAUGAUGAGAGCUGAAAUACUAACUUAUCCUUCUGCCUUUACUUACGCUACUGGCUUGGCUCAUUGGCAUGUACUAUUAAGAGCGAGGGCAAUAGAGAAUCAAUGUUAUGUAGUAGCAGCGGCUCAAAUGGGAGAGCACAGUGCUAAAAGAAGGUCUUUCGGCCAUGCGUUAGUUGUGGACCCCUGGGGCGAAGUCCUAGCCGACUGCGGGGACUCCGCCCCUUGUUAUAAGGUGGUCGAAAUUACUGACAGAUUACAAGAAGUAAGGAGAAACAUGCCUGUGUUUCAACAUAGACGGCCAGAUGUGUACUCACUAUAUUCUUUAAGUAUUCGCAACAAACCAUUUAACGAGCCUCCGCCCUCUCCCCCCCGGACUCCGCCCCUCGCGACCACCGGAAACGUGUUCGGUCACGUGUCUGUACCGGAAACAUGCGUCUUUCACAAGUCUGAACUCACUUAUGCGUUUGUCAACUUACGUUGUGUGACCCCGGGCCAUGUGUUGGUAGCUCCUAUAAGGUUAGCGGAAAGAAAUAAAGAUUUGACAGACGAAGAAGCUAGUGACUUCUUUAAAACAGUAAGAUUAAUACAAAACCAUCUACAUUGCCAUAUAAUGCCGAGAAAGAAAGGAGACUUCAUUGAAAAUGAUUUGAUAUACUUGGAACUUGCGAAACACGACCAAAUGAAAUCAGGUCACCCGGUGAAGCCAGCCAGGAGUUUGGAAGAAAUGGAGACAGAAGCGAAAUAUUUGAGAGAAGAAUUGAAAAAGAUGAUUGAGACAAGCUAA